AGUGUUUGAGACUUGCUCAAGCUUUUUCUCCCUGGUGCUCAAGCUUUCCUCAUGGCUCUCCGUCGAUUCAACGCCGGCGGCAAGAAGCAGAAGGAGUUGACGGAUGAGCAGAAGCAGGAGAUUAAGGAAGCCUUUGACCUCUUCGACACGGAUGGCUCAGGCGAGAUCGACUCGAAGGAGCUCAAGGUGGCCAUGCGCGCACUGGGUUUCGAGCCCAAGAAGGAAGAGAUUCAGAAGAUGAUUUCCGAUGUGGACGAUGAUGGAAGUGGCACCAUCGGCUACGAGGAGUUUUUGAAGAUGAUGACGCACAAGAUCCUGAAUCGCGACCCGAAGGACGAGAUUCUGAAGGCGUUCCGUCUCUUCGAUGACGACGAGACUGGCAAGAUCUCCUUCAAGAAUCUGAAGCGCGUCGCCAAGGAGCUCGGAGAGCGCAUGACUGAUGAGGAGCUGCAAGAGAUGAUCGACGAGGCCGACCGCGACGGCGACGGCGAGGUGAACGAAGAGGAGUUCCUGCGCAUCAUGAAGAAGACAAACCUUUUCUGAGCACAUUGUUAUGGCGAAGGUUCACAACACUGCUCAGUCAAGCACCUUGGCCUUGGCAGUCAAUCACUUGGCCAAGCAUGCACAUGCAUGCACCUUCUAAAAUCUUGC